CCUCCGUGUCUCCGCCCUGCUCGGUGUUUCCUCAGGUGCGGCAGCAGCUGGACGCGCAGAGGAAUGUUUGCGCCUCAAACAUGGACUCCGCGUUUCUCCCCAGCGUGACGUUAGCAGAACCUGGUCGAUGUUCGAGGCUCCUGCUAUGAGGAUCGCUGUUUCCGGACAACUUUGAAGCCUUCCAGGUGUUGCAGGUGUAUUUUUUUUUUUUUUUUUACCCAGGGGUCUUUUGUGACGCCUCACCAUGCCGGCGGAUCAGAUCAGCGUCACGGAGUUUGUUAAUGAGACCAAUGAGGACUACAAAGCUCCGACCACCUCCAGCUUCUCCACCCGGAUGUCCCACUGCAGGAACACAGUGGGAGCACUGGAGGAGGCUCUCGACCUGGACCGAUCGGUUCUGUAUAAGAUCAAGAAGUCGGUGAAGGCCAUCAACACCUCUGGUCUUACUCACGUGGAGAACGAGGAGCAGUAUGUCCAGUCCAUGGAGAAGUUUGCUUCCAACUACAUGAAUGAUGUGGAAGGAGAGCUCGGUGCCGCCUUCCUCAAGUUCGCCGUGUUCACCAAAGAGCUGGCGGCGCUCCUUAAGAACCUGUUGCAGAACAUGAACAACAUCAUCACGUUUCCUCUGGACAGUCUGCUGAAAGGAGACCUGAAAGGAGUGAAAGGGGACCUGAAGAAGUCAUUCGAUAAAUCCUGGAAGGAUUACGAGACCAAACUAGCAAAGAUUGAGAAAGAGAAACGAGAACACGCCAAGCAGCACGGCAUGAUUCGGACGGAGUUCAGCGGAGGAGAAAUCGCAGAGGAUAUGGAGAAAGAAAGACGAACUUUCCAGCUUCAGAUGUGUGAGUACCUGAUAAAGGUGAACGAUAUCAAGCAGAAGAAAGGCGUCGACUUCCUCCAGAACCUCAUCAAGUACUUCCAUGCUCAGUGCAAUUUUUUUCAGGACGGGCUUAAAACUGUAGAGAAUCUGAAACCAGCUGUGGAGAAAAUGGCUACAGACCUGGCGGGGAUCAAACAGACGCAGGACGGAGAGAGGAAGCAGCUGAUUCAGCUCAGAGAUACCCUGAAAGCAUCGCUGCAGACGGACCAGAAAGAGGUUUCCUUUUGUCUCUUCAGGUUGAGGAAGGUGUGGCAGAAGAGAAAGUGUUCGGUUAAGAAUGGCUUCCUAACCAUCUGCCAUGGCACGCCCAACAAACCUCCAGCCAAACUCAACCUGCUCACCUGCCAGGUGAAGAGGAAUCCCGACGAGAAGAAGAGCUUCGACCUGUUUUCACAUGACAGAACCUACCACUUCCAGGCCGAGGAUGAGGCGGAGUGUCAGGUCUGGGUGUCGGUGCUGCAGAACAGCAAGGAGGAGGCUCUGAACAUGGCCUUCAAAGGCGAUCAGAACGAAGGGGAGAACAACAUCGUGCAGGAGCUGACCAAAGCUAUCGUCGCAGAGGUGAAGAGGAUAAGCGGCAACAACGGCUGCUGUGACUGCGGCGCCCCCAGUCCCACGUGGCUCUCCACCAACCUCGGGAUCCUGAUCUGCAUCGAGUGCUCUGGGAUCCACCGGGAGAUGGGGGUUCAUUACUCCAGGAUCCAGAGCCUGGAGUUGGAUGUUCUGGGGACGUCUGAGCUGCUGUUGGCGAAGAACGUAGGAAACGCCAACUUUAACGACAUCAUGGAGGCAGAUCUGGAGGCACAGGGUGUAACCAAGCCGGAUCCAAAGAGUGACAUGCAAAUGAGGAAGGACUACAUCACGGCCAAGUACACAGAGAAACGCUUCGCCCUGCGGCUGUGCGCCGACGCUCAGUCCAGGCUGCGGACUCUUUACGAGGCCGUCAGGAACAGAGACAUCAUGUCGCUGAUCCAGGUCUACGCUGAGGGGGUGGACCUGAUGGAGGCUUUCCCUCAACCCAACGAACACGAAGCCGGAGAGACGGUUCUCCAUCUGGCCGUCAGGAUGGUGGACAGAAACUCUCUCCACAUCGUCGACUUCCUCGCUCAGAACAGCGGGAAUCUGGACAGACAGACGGCCAAAGGCAGCACGGCGCUGCACUACUGCUGCCUGACGGACAACAGCGAGUGUCUGAAGCUGCUGCUGAGGGGCAAAGCCUCCGUCUCCAUCAGUAAGAUUCAAACGAAAACUAAUAUCAGAUCUGUCUUUGUCAGUAUGGUGAGUUUGUCUGCAUUGGUUUCAUUUAAUCUUGCAUUUUUUCUCUUAUUCCAGCUGACUGAGGCCCAGACGGGGAAGUUCAACGUCCACGUUCACGUAGAGUAUGAGUGGCGGCUUCAAAAUGAGGAGCUGGAUGAGAGCGAGGACGAGCUGGAGGACAAGCCCAUCCUGAAAACGCCCACAUCCCGACGUGACGAGCGUCCGGUGAGCUGCAUCGUCCCGGGCAGCGGGCCCAUGGCGUCUAACUUUUCGGCGCUGGCCCGCGACGCUGCCUUCAUAGCGAGGGACAAGCAGAGGGCUCCGAUCCCGAGCAUGAUUAGCAACGAGACGUACGGCACCAUGCUGGACACGGCGCUGCCGCCGCCGGGACCAUCCCCACCGGUGCCUCCCAGAGGUCCAAACCGAGGUAAACCCGCUCCAGUAGAAUCAGUUGGGAGGCAGCGGUCGUCCUCCGACCCCUCGAACCCCAAGAACCCUGACAUGAACACCUCUGUGUACGUCCUCCCAGCAGUCCCUCCUCCACCUCCUCUUUCUUCACAUAGGAGAUCCGGCAGGUUCGACACGAAGAACGUGUCGGCCAAAAACACGCCCCUGCCUCCUCUGCCGCCCCCACCUGCUGUACGUCCGCCGGUCCCACCGGUACCGUCACUCAACUCACCGCCCCACUACAAGCCUCAACCUCCAACCCCACCUCUGCCAAACCAGCAGAGCAGUAGACCCCCUCUAGGACCCCCAUCGCCCAAGUUAGCGAGGCAGCCUCCUCACCGGCCUUCAGUUAGAACUGCACCUGCGAACACGCCAGGUUUUAGGUCUCCUGAGGGUCCGGUUCCACCUAAACCCAAACCCAGAACCACCGUCUCUAAGCAGAAGCAGCAGAAGGUGAAGGCCAUCUAUGCCUGCUCGGCUGACAAUCCAGACGAGCUGACCUUCAAGGAGGGGGAGGUGAUCGUGGUGGAGGGGGAGGAGGACAGCGAGUGGUUGAUCGGUUACAUUGAAGGAGAACCGGACAGAAGGGGAGCAUUUCCAGUCACCUUUGUUCACUUUAUCACCGAGUGACUGAUCAGUACUAUGGAGAGCUCCCAUCCUCCACCAGCAGUCUGACUGGAUAAGGCCCGAACAGUAACUGGAUCGCUGAUCAAACCCAGAGGCUUACGG